GCACCCCAUACGCCCCCAACGCGCACCAAGACUUCGUGUGAUUUGUGUGUUAUCUGGCAUCUGCAACAACCCAUUUGCCUGCCAGCCGCGAUGCAGCUCGCAGCCUCUGCUCGCCGCCUGGCGCUGUUCGGUGUCACCACCCUGCUCGUCUGCUCAACCGUCCUCGCUGAGCGACACCACGAGCACACUUCGUCUACUUCAGCGGCAGCAGCCACUCCGACCACGAACUCUCCUGCCGCCGCCGCGAGCAGCAGCAGCUCGCAGCUGACGGCGGACACAUACAUCAACAAAGAGCAGGGCUUUGUCCUACAGGCUAUCUACGAUGCCGCGGCGCAGACCACUCAUUUCACUCUCCUCUCCUCUAAGGUCGGCACCAGCCUCGGCUGGCUCGCCAUCGGCACCGGUAGCACCAUGGCCGGCUCGAACAUGAUGAUCGGAUGGGUGAAUGCGGACAACAGCGUGACCAUGUCGCAACGCACAGCCAACAGGAACUCCGACCCGAGCACUACGAUAGGAAAACUCCCCGCCUUCCAGCCUGACUCGGCGGGUUCCAAGUCGGAAACGAAUGGGACAGCGUUUGUGUGGAAGUUGCCAGCGUCGCCCAGCAGCAGCGGCAGCUCGACGGGCAGCAUGAAAACUGUCUCGUUCAUCUGGGCCACUAGCCCACAAGGGCCGUCAAGCAACAGUGCCACAUCGACCAUCCGCCAGCACACCGCGUCCGGCACCUUCAUACUCGACCUUACUAAGGCAUACAUGCCCACCGAUGCCGGCUCCAACAGCGCCGCCGGUUCCGGUGCCGGAGGGCUCGCCGCGCCGCCCGCUGCACAGGGAGCAAGCUCGACGCGCCAGACUGUCAUCAUCAUCCACCUCCUAUGCGCCAUCCUCGCCUGGCUCCUGCUCGCGCCUGCUGGUGUCCUUAUCGGCCGCUUUGGGCGCACGACGCUCUCCAACUGGAUGUUCAAGCACCGCGCCGUGCAGCUCGCCGCCGUCCUCUUCGCCGUCACCGCCGCCGCGCUCGGCGCCGCCGCUGCGUCCGUUGUGCCCGACAGCGGCGGGAACAGUGGCUGGCACGGAAGCGUCGGCUACCUCGUCGCAGGCGGCGCGCUGGCGCAGGCGCUGCUGGGUCAAGCGGGCACGAUGCUCUUCCACGCGCGCGGCAUCCGCGCGCUCAACUAUGUCCACAUGCCCCUUGGCCUCUCGCUUGUCCUGCUCGCCGUCGUCAACAUCGGCAAGGGCUUCACCCUAUGGGGCUAUGCGCCCACAUGGGUCCCGUACGCGCUAUACGCCUGGGCUGCGCUCUGCGCGCUCGCAUACAUCGGCGGCCUCGUGUGGGGCAUCCCACGCGAACGCAGCCGCGACCGCGCUCGCCAGCACGCAGCCGCUGCUGGCGCCGCCGCGGAUGUUCACAGCACGCCGGAUAUCGGCAUGCAGAGCGUCGACAACCUCCUCGCCGAGCAAAAGCACAGCGACGACAAGGGUGAGUAUGUGACGCAGGACGCACUAUACAGCCACAGCCAUCCGUACCAGCAGCAGCACCGGCGCAACAUGAGCUCCGUCUCGCGCGGUGCUCCGAUUAAGCGGCACCAGCAGCAGCGUUCCGUGCCGCACAAUGACGGGCGUGAUGGCGAGCAGAUCGACCGCCAGCCGGGGUACGGCUACGCACAGUACAUGUCGCGCUACGAUGGCCCGUGAUCCGCAAGCUAGCACACUCUGGCGAGAGCAGUGUACGCGGACUUGUAACUCGUUCGAGGCAUUGUGCAUGUGCACCCAUACAACGACAAGAACACUUCUCUCACGCGCGUUUUCCAAGUUGGAAAUCUCAUGACUCCCAGGCGCUGGCCGUCUGGCCCUCGAAUAAUGGAAUUACAAACGGACGAUAUUCCUCUCUACACCUGACACUUCUCCAUUUAUCAGUCCUCAGCCACAUAACAUGCAACGGGACACGCAGCAAAACAUAGUGUAUUCUAAAGGAUCCGUUGAUCGAAUCAAGCCAAAGCGUGCAUUUCAGUU